CGGCGCUGGGCGGUUGAGGGAGGAGGCAGGGGAUGCGGGGAGUGGUGGGGGAGUCUCCUUAGGAAGUGAGUGUGCGCGCGCGCUUGUGGGGAGAUGAGGCAGCUGCUGCGUCCGAUUGACCGCCAGAGAUACGACGAGAACGAGGACUUGUCGGACGUGGAGGAGAUCGUCAGCGUCCGCGGCUUCAGCCUGGAGGAGAAGCUGCGCAGUCAGCUGUACCAGGGGGACUUCGUGCACGCCAUGGAGGGCAAAGAUUUCAACUAUGAGUACGUGCAGAGAGAAGCUCUCAGGGUUCCCCUGAUAUUUCGAGAAAAGGAUGGACUGGGGAUUAAGAUGCCUGACCCUGAUUUCACAGUCCGAGAUGUCAAACUACUGGUGGGUAGCCGGCGGCUGGUGGACGUGAUGGAUGUGAACACGCAGAAGGGCACGGAGAUGAGCAUGUCCCAGUUUGUGCGGUACUACGAGACGCCUGAGGCCCAGCGGGACAAGCUGUACAACGUCAUCAGCCUGGAGUUCAGCCACACCAAGCUGGAGCACCUGGUCAAGCGUCCGACUGUGGUGGAUCUGGUGGAUUGGGUGGACAACAUGUGGCCCCAGCAUCUGAAGGACAAGCAGACAGAAGCCACGAAUGCCAUUGCCGAGAUGAAGUACCCGAAAGUGAAGAAGUACUGUCUGAUGAGCGUGAAAGGCUGUUUCACUGACUUCCACAUCGACUUCGGAGGCACGUCUGUUUGGUACCAUGUUUUCCGGGGUGGGAAGAUCUUUUGGCUGAUUCCUCCAACCCUGCACAAUUUGGCACUGUAUGAGGAGUGGGUGCUGUCAGGCAAACAGAGUGACAUCUUCCUGGGAGACCGCGUGGAGCGAUGCCAAAGAAUUGAGCUGAAACAGGGCUACACGUUUUUCAUCCCUUCCGGUUGGAUCCAUGCAGUCUACACCCCGGUAGACUCCCUGGUAUUUGGCGGAAACAUCCUGCACAGCUUUAACGUGCCCAUGCAGCUGCGGAUCUACGAGAUCGAGGACAGAACACGGGUGCAGCCCAAAUUUCGUUACCCCUUCUACUAUGAGAUGUGCUGGUAUGUCUUGGAAAGAUAUGUGUACUGUGUGACCCAGCGGUCCUACCUCACUCAGGAAUACCAGAGAGAAUCAAUGCUUAUUGAUGCGCCUAGAAAGCCCAGCAUAGACGGCUUCUCAUCUGAUUCCUGGCUGGAGAUGGAGGAGGAGUCCUGUGAGCAGCAGCCUCAAGAGGAGGAGAAGGAGGAGGAAGAAGAGGAGGAGGAAGAGGAAGAGGAGGGUGCAGAUAAGGGGCCCAAGCCCCCCGCCGAUGGCCCUCCGUCGCCCACCAGCACCCCCUCAGAGGACCAGGAAGCCUCUGGGAAGAAGCCCAAAGCACCUGCCAUGCGGUUCCUCCAAAGGACUUUGUCUAACGAGUCGGAGGAAAGUGUGAAGUCCACGACGGUGCCCACAGACUACCCCAAGACGCCCACUGGCUCCCCUGCCACAGGGGUCUCCACCAAGUGGACCCACCUCACUGAGUUUGAGCUGAAGGGCCUGAAAGCGCUGGUGGAGAAACUGGAAUCCCUCCCAGAGAACAAGAAGUGUGUCCCUGAGGGCAUCGAGGACCCCCAGGCACUCCUGGAGGGCGUGAAGAAUGUCCUGAAGGAGCAUGCGGAUGACGACCCCAGUCUGGCCAUCACUGGGGUCCCUGUAGUCACUUGGCCAAAGAAGACUCCAAAGAACCGGGCGGUAGGUCGGCCCAAGGGGAAGCUGGGCCCGGCCUCCGCCGUGAAGUUGGCCGCCAACCGGACAACGGCGGGAGCUCGCCGGCGCCGGACGCGAUGCCGCAAGUGCGAGGCCUGCCUGCGGACCGAGUGCGGAGAGUGCCACUUCUGCAAGGACAUGAAGAAGUUCGGGGGCCCCGGGCGGAUGAAGCAGAGCUGCAUCAUGCGGCAGUGCAUCGCGCCAGUGCUGCCCCACACCGCCGUGUGCCUGGUGUGUGGCGAGGCCGGGAAGGAAGACACCGUGGAAGAGGAAGAAGGAAAGUUUAACCUCAUGCUCAUGGAGUGCUCCAUCUGCAAUGAAAUCAUCCACCCUGGAUGCCUUAAGAUUAAGGAGUCAGAGGGCGUGGUCAACGAUGAGCUUCCAAACUGCUGGGAGUGUCCAAAGUGUAACCACGCCGGCAAGACCGGGAAACAAAAGCGUGGCCCUGGCUUUAAGUAUGCCUCCAACCUGCCUGGCUCCCUGCUCAAGGAGCAGAAGAUGAACCGGGACAACAAGGAAGGGCAGGAGCCUGCCAAGCGGAGGAGUGAGUGUGAGGAAGUGCCUCGGCGCAGGUCAGACGAACACCCCAAGAAGGUGCCCCCGGAUGGCAUCCUGCGCCGAAAGUCGGACGACGUGCACCUGAGGAGGAAGCGGAAAUACGAGAAGCCCCAAGAGCUGAGUGGACGCAAGCGAGCCUCGACGCUUCAAACGUCCCCCGGUUCCUCCUCUCACCUCUCGCCGAGGCCCCCUCUAGGCAGCAGCCUCAGCCCCUGGUGGAGAUCCAGUCUCACUUACUUCCAACAGCAGCUAAAACCUGGCAAAGAAGAUAAGCUUUUCAGGAAAAAGCGGCGGUCUUGGAAGAACGCCGAGGACCGGAUGGCUCUUGCCAACAAGCCUCUCCGACGCUUCAAGCAGGAGCCGGAGGAUGACCUGCCCGAGGCGCCCCCCAAAGCCCGGGAAAGCGACCACUCCCGCUCCAGCUCCCCUACUGCUGGGCCCAGCACAGAGGGGGCAGAGGGCCCUGAGGAGAAGAAAAAGGUAAAGAUACGCAGGAAAAGGCGGCUUCCCACCAAGGAGCUGAGCAAGGAACUAAGCAAGGAGCUGAACCAAGAGAUCCAGAAGACAGAGAACAGCCUGGCCAACGAGAACCACCAGCCCAUCAAGUCAGAGCCCGAGAGUGAGAGCGAGGAGCCCAAGCGGCCCCUGGGCCUCUGUGAGCGCCCCCACCGCUUCAGCAAGGGGCUCACCGGCACCCCCCGGGAGCUGCGGCACCAGCUGGGGCCUGGCCUGCGCAGCCCACCCCGUGUCAUCUCCCGGCCCCCUCCCUCUGUGUCCCCGCCCAAGUGCAUCCAGAUGGAGCGACACGUGAUUCGGCCGCCCCCCAUUAGCCCCCCGCCUGACUCGCUGCCCCUGGAUGAUGGGGCAGCCCACGUCAUGCACAGGGAGGUGUGGAUGGCCGUCUUCAGCUACCUCAGCCACCAAGACUUGUGUGUCUGCAUGCGGGUCUGCAGGACCUGGAACCGCUGGUGCUGCGAUAAGCGGUUAUGGACCCGCAUCGACCUGAACCACUGCAAGUCCAUCACACCCCUGAUGCUGAGUGGCAUCAUCCGGCGGCAGCCUGUCUCCCUGGACCUCAGCUGGACCAAUAUCUCCAAGAAACAGCUGAGCUGGCUCAUCAACCGGUUGCCUGGGCUCCGAGACUUGGUGCUGUCGGGCUGCUCGUGGAUCGCUGUCUCAGCUCUCUGUAGCUCUAGCUGUCCAUUGCUCCGGACCCUGGAUGUCCAGUGGGUAGAAGGACUAAAGGAUGCCCAGAUGCGGGAUCUCCUGUCCCCACCCACAGAUAACAGGCCAGGUCAGAUGGACAAUCGGAGCAAGCUCCGGAACAUCGUGGAGCUGCGUCUAGCAGGCCUGGACAUCACGGACGCCUCCCUGCGGCUCAUCAUACGCCACAUGCCCCUGCUCUCCAAGCUCCACCUUAGUUACUGUAAUCAUGUUACCGACCAGUCCAUCAACCUGCUCACUGCUGUGGGCACCACCACCCGAGACUCCUUAACCGAAAUCAACCUAUCAGACUGCAAUAAGGUUACUGACCAGUGCCUGUCCUUCUUCAAACGCUGUGGAAAUAUCUGUCAUAUUGACCUGAGGUACUGCAAGCAGGUUACCAAGGAAGGCUGUGAGCAGUUCAUAGCUGAAAUGUCUGUGAGUGUCCAGUUUGGGCAAGUGGAAGAAAAACUCCUGCAGAAACUGAGUUAGUCCAAGGACAAGCGGCCUUUACCAAGAAGACAUUCCCGCUGGAGAGGAGGAUGGACGCUGAAGAAAUUCUCUUACUGAAGCAGGAGCUUGGGAGUUUGUGUUGGUGGUGGUGUUUUGUUUUGGACACCUCAUUCCUUGCAACUCCGGGGGUCGGUGUCAACGUAAAGUGGACCACACACCACAUCUGCUGCCGUCGUGACAUUUUUUUGUUUCGUUUUGUUACAUCUUACAUUAUGCAGAACUAUUUUUGUACAAAUUGUUUAAAAGUUAUUUAUGCAAGGUUUGAAUGCAUACUUGUGUUUUUAUUGUUUUGAGAUUGCCAACUUUCCUGGUUUCCUUAAGGUAGGAGAGAACUUAACCUGUACUUCAUCGACACCAGUAAUCCAUCUACACACGUGCCCAGAUUUGGCAAAGCAGGUGAAGACCUUCCAAUUAAAAGCAUGUUUAACUGGAGGUUGAGAGCCUGCUUCGUACGUCAAGAAUUACAUAAGCAUGUGGAUAUAUGUUAAUUAAUUAUAGUCGAAGUAAGACACUUUGCCAAGUUUCCUCUGUAUAGAAUUCACCCAUUUCUCAAAAUUUUAAAAUUCAGACUUCAGCCUUUGCACUCAGGAGGGUUUUGCGCCAGCAUGAGCUCUUGUACUCUACCCAGAUCUAAUUUAUACAGUGGGUCAAGAAGUAGAAUAAAUGAUCCAACGUAGCCUUUCUUUUCCUGUUUUCUCUCCUUUGAAGGGAGUUGUUGAGUUCUCGUUCAAGGUUUAUAACAUGGCUAUUUCCUAGUUGUAAAGUUAUGCCUUCAUAAGUGCCAUUGUUGUAAGGUGUUGUUUUCCUAGACCUUCCCUGAUGCGGUUUUACCUUUGUUGAAUUUGUAUAAACAAUUGUACAAAAAAGCA